ACCGUGCCGGGUUUGACAAAAUUAGCUUCAUUUUCCCGUCCACUCUUGUCACUUCCUCUCGUCGUUGAAACCACACGGACCAGAGUGAAAUCACUUCUGCCAAUUUUUCAUGCUCUAAUUCUCUGGUUUAGGGUUUUAGAAAUCAAAAUCCAAACCCCGAAACAUGGAAAACCCUAGAUUGUCUAUUCUCUCUUCUUCUUCGCCUAAAUUAGUUAUGGGAUACCCAACUUCGCUCAAAAACCCUACCACCCCUAAAUUCUCCAUAUCCACAACCAGACCCUCACUUCCUUUCUCUCACAGAACUUCCAAAACUGUCCCUCAUUCUUCGAGAAUUUCCAUUUCUGCCCUUUCCCAAUCUCAUGGUCCCCGUAGAACCUCAAAAAAUGGGAGUGAAUAUUUUGCUAGCAUUUCGUCAUCAAGUGGACAACAGACGGCUUCUGUUGGAGUUAAUCCACAGUCAGUUUCACCACCGCCUUCACAAAUAGGAUCGCCACUGUUUUGGGUUGGAGUUGGUGUUGCGUUGUCAGCAAUUUUUUCAUGGGUGGCUACACGGUUAAAGAAUUAUGCCAUGCAACAAGCUUUCAAAUCUUUGACAGAGCAGAUGAAUGCACAAAAUAACCAAUUCAAUCCCGCAUUUUCUGCAAGGUCACCUUUUCCAUUUUCUCCACCACCAGCAUCACAGCCUGCAACCUCACCUUUUCAAGCUGCUUCUCAACCUGCAGUCACAGUAGAUAUUCCUGCCUCAAAAGUAGAAGCAGCUCCAGAAACUGAUGCUAGAAAGGAAAAGGAAACUGAUACUCUGGAGGAAAGAGAGAUAAAGGAGGAGCCAAGGAAAUUCGCUUUUGUGGAUGUUUCUCCUGAAGAAACCUCGCUGAACACUCCUUUUUCAAGUGUUGAAGAUGUCAUCGAUACAAGCUCAUCCAAGGAUGUUCAGUUUGCGAAGGAGUCCUCUCAAAAUGGAGCUUCUUUUAAGCAGGGCCCAGGUGCUUCUGAGGGUUCUCAAUCUAGUCAAAAGGCAGGAUCUUUCUUAUCCGUGGAAGCUUUGGAGAAAAUGAUGGACGAUCCAACAGUGCAAAAGAUGGUUUAUCCGUAUUUACCUGAGGAAAUGAGGAACCCUACCACCUUCAAAUGGAUGCUGCAAAAUCCACAAUACCGACAACAAUUGGAAGAAAUGCUAAAUAAUAUGAGUGGAAGCAGUGAAUGGGACAGCCGGAUGGUGGAUUCUUUAAAAAAUUUUGAUCUCAGCAGUCCUGAGGUUAAGCAGCAAUUUGAUCAGAUUGGCCUUACACCUGAAGAAGUCAUCUCAAAAAUCAUGGCCAAUCCUGAUGUUGCCCUGGCAUUUCAAAAUCCUAGAGUUCAACAAGCCAUUAUGGAGUGUUCACAGAACCCACUAAGCAUUGCCAAAUAUCAGAAUGACAAGGAGGUUAUGGAUGUCUUCAACAAAAUAUCAGAAAUAUUGGGAUGACCAGCGGACCUUAAUCUCAUCAUUCUUGGAACAAACAUGGUUUCCUGGGAAAGACAAAUUGGUGGAUUUUCCAUACAGCCAAUAGAGGCAAUUUCCUUCCAGAGUUUCUGCAAGUGAUGUUCUGGAAGCGUUCAAAUUUUGUAUAAUCACCACUUCUUGAAUUUUUAUCAGAUAGGGCAUAGUUUUGCUUUAAAUUUGAAAAGGUUUUGGAAAGAUCUUGUAAAAUAAACCACCCUAGAAUACCAUUGCUUCUUUUUAAAGCGCUUGUAUGUGGGGCGAAUAAAAAUUCAAUAAACUUACAGAAAUCUAGACGAGUGGACGUUCUCAGA